AUGACCGAACUUCUUGUUACAAAAGGAGCAAAUAUCAAACAAUUAGAUAAACAAGGACUUUCAGUUCUGCACAUUGCAGCAAAUAAAGGCAGUAUAGAUCUCUGUAAAUAUUUUAUUUCCCUUGGAUUUGAUAUUAAUGCAAAGGAUCUUAAUGGAAAAACACCAAUACAUUAUGCAACACAAUGCCAUGCAGCAGAAAAUUUAUUGGAAUAUCUUUUAUCAGAGGGUGCUGAUGUAAAUUCACAAGAUAAUGAUAAUCAAACUCCUCUUCAUUAUUCAGCACAGGUGAAUAAUUCAGAUGUAGCUCAACUUCUUCUUCAAAAUGGUGCAAAUAUUGAAGCAAAAGAUAAAACUGGAAAAACAGCACUUGCCAUAGCUGCGGAAUUAAAUUUAGUAGAAAUAGCAGAAUUUCUUAUUUCUCAUGGUGCAAAUAUCAAUACACAAGAUAAUGAUAAUAAAACACCUCUUCAUUAUAUAGCAGAAAUGGAAUGUUCAUGUGUAGCUCAGCUUCGCUUUCCACUUGGCGCAAAUCUUGAAGCAAAAGACAAUGCUGGAAAAAUACUUAUUCGUUAUUCAACAAUUGCGCUCAAAGCCAUUUGGAUAGAACUCCUUAUACAACAUGGCGCAAACAUCGAAGCCAAAGACAACACUGGAAAAACAGCACUCUGUUUGGCUGCAAAACAUAGUUCAUUUAAAAUAGUUGAAAUUCUUAUUUCUUAUGGUGCAAAUGUCAAUACACAAGAUAUUGAUAAUAAUACACCUCUUCAUUAUGCAGUAAAUUAUCCAGAUAUUCGAAAAGUACAGCUUCUUAUUCAACAUGGUGCUAAUGUCAAUGCAAAAGACAGCACUGGAAAAACACCUCUUCAAUGCGCCAUUAAAAAUAAUCAGAGACUAAUGAUUCAGCUUCUUCGUGAAAACGGAGCAAUUGAUGAAUCUUAA